UGAAUGAGUAGGUGCUGAAGUGGAUAGAGUGAGUGAAGUAAACAGGUAGACUGGCAGGUGCGUUAAAAGGUAGUUAGGAUUGGGUUGGAGGGAGCCUGAGGUCAUGGGGGAUAGUUGGGUGGGGGAAGUCAGUGGCAGUAAUUGGUUAAGUUCUUUAGUGACUUGGAAGUUCGGAAAGGAUUUUUUCUGUUUAAGCAACCAUCUAGAAUCUCGACUACUAGAGACGAUUUGGACAGGUCCCAGUGAACAGGGCAAUCUGUCAGAAGUUCAAUCCCUGACAAUCUAAAGAUCUGUUGGGCGCCAGUUCAAAAUUGUUUUGAGUCUCCUGGGCUUUGCAGGCCUAAUAAACUUUAAGUCAAGCGGACUUGAUUGAACAAGGACAAAAAAGUGUGGCGCUGGAAAACUACAGUCGGUCAGGCAGCAUCCGCGGAGCAGAAGAGUCGGUGUUUCGAGCAUAAACGCUUCAUCAGGAAUGAUUGAGCUGGGGAGGGGAAUUGAAGGAAGCGGAAAUCUGGUACUGCUCUGCUGCGAGGGAACCGGUUCCUCGGUACAUUGGGUGAGAAAGAUGGAGGAUUUCGGCUGCGAGUUUGAUGAUUCCGUCUUUGAAUCGUAUCGGGAAAGGAAGAUGGUGUCCGGGAUAAAGCUCGGAACAUACAAAGCCAAACUCUGCGAGCCUCGGUGGUUCUGGGGUGAAAUCUGCAUAGCUGAUGAUGUGGAGAAGCUGACUGCACUGAAGUUUCGUGGAGAUCUGGCAUUCAAACAUCAGGAUUAUCAGAAAGCAUUGUGUGAAUACUCCAGUAGCCUGGCACUUGUUCCAGAAUCAAAUAUUGCUCUCAGAAGAGAUCUACAGGAGGCCCGAGCUCGAUGCCUUUGCUUUCUUGGCAGAUCUGAUGAUGCCUUGGAUAUAGCACAAACAUUGAGAUCUGAGAUAACCAACACAGACCAUCUCACUACAGUUCUUAACCUGGAUAUUCUCAUCUAUCAUAAUGCUGGAAACCUGUCUGAAGAGCUCAGCUGUUUACAACAGUUAAUUUCCGUGCACACACUCAAUCCAUGGUACUGGAAGAAGCUAGCUGAGUGUUACCUUGGUCAUGCUCAAGUCUUACUGUCUGCGACAAUGUCAGUUGUCCCAGUCUGUAAGGAAGGAUAUUGCCUUAAAAUAUUAGAAAAAUCAACUAUAGAAACAGCAACAUCUAAAACCAAAGCUGACUGUGCACAAGCUGAACCAUUAAGCAAAAAUCCUUGCGUGCAAGUGAAUUGUGAAAGGCGAAUAAACUUCAUCAGGAAUGCAUUCAAGGUGGAAAACUCUGGCCUAACGUCUACAAGAAAUUUAAAGCAGUCAUGUGGAGGAGACAAUGUAGUAUCUGUUUAUUCAGUUGUUGGUGAUAGCACUGAAGUCGAUUCCAAAAGAGGGCAGCAGUUGAAGGAUCUGUGGCUGUUCGCAUGUUCCUCCUUUGUACGAGCGAGACUUCUGUUGCAGAUGGUGAAGGCACAACAGGCCUCCUUCGUCUUAGAGAGGAACCUAACUGUCCAACAGGAGAUCAAGCAGGAACUUGGCAAUCUGGAGUUGAGUGAAGAGGCGCUGAAUGCAAUAAGUAAGGUGAUGGCGGAGGACCUGCUGCUGGACAGGUUUAAAAAUGGUGCAGAGACUGAAAAGCUUGCAACACUUUCCAGUUCAUCAUCACUGAACUGUGUUGCCAUCGAGUCAGGCUCCGACUUUGAGCAGAGGUGGUUUAAAAAGCUCCGAUAUGAAUCCUUCUGCUGUCCCAUGUGGAAGUAAAACAGGCUGAGAAGGUUAAAAAUGUCGCUAAAUUACAUUGAUCUCUGCCAAGGAUUGUGAAAGUGACCUUGUGUUUAUAGUGGAUGAUGAAGAAACUCAAGCAGAGGCCACUUGGCUGAAAGAAAACAACGCCUGCUUGCAACAGAAUGGUGAAAAUGCUAAUCGUACAUUUGACAAAACUUGACAAGCCAUCUUACCUCUGCAGACUUUAGGAGUGAGUUCCAUAUCCCGUGUCGCUUGUAUCUCGCUGGUUUCCCAUACCUCUGUUUUUCCACAUUGGAAUCCAGUUUCUGAAAUCAUCUGACAGCUAUGAUGUGAUUUUUGUAGCUGUAGAAGUUCUGAUAUAAGCACUAUGGCUUCACAAUAAUGUGCAGAGAAAUGUUCAUAUCUGUGAUGUUAACUUUUAUAUUUAAGAUAUGUUGGAAGAGCAUUACUCUUUCACUAUUUUUAUCUUCUUAAAAUUUUAGUUUUAUUCAUAUUUUUCUAACUGUAGGAAAAGUUAGUUUCUCUAAAUUAAAG